AUGGGGGACCAAGGCAUGAUGAAUGUGUUUUGCCUGCAAGGGCAGUCGCGCCGAUCAUGUUUGCCGCAGCAACACUUGGCCCUUCUAACCGUCACCCCUCAGGCCCUGGACAAACAGUUUCGACAGCAGCAACUGGCCUAUGCCCGCCUUGUGAACGAGCCGUCGUCAGAGGCGACCGAGUUGCGCGCUCGCGUCAGCAAGGAUCGGCAGCAGCUCGUCCACGCUUUUCUUCAGCGCGAUCCUUCGAUCGCAGCGACUAGCGCCCCUCUGUCCGUUCACCUGGACGCUCUGGCCAAGCUACGCACGGCCCAUCUGCUUCAGCGCGAACUGGCAGAGCAGUUGGCUGAGCACGGCCUGCGCGCCGCGACCAGCUCCCAAAUAGAUCCUCAGUCCGCCCGCGCCCUUUGUGAUGCUGUCCUGCAUCUGAUUACCCAUCACAGCCGAGACAGUUCUCCUCUGGCCUCGACCCCUGGGCACAGCCAUCAAGUCUUGGAUGAGGAUGCCGCUGAACCCUCCUCGGACGAGGACGGGGCCGAAGAUGAUGUCGGCUCGGACCAACCAAGCAGCGCCGCGCCCCUCUCCACGAGCCGCCGUGGCUCGCGUGAAGACGUCUUGGCGCCGCAGCGGCCCUCAUAUGAUUUUCUUCCUAAGCAGGGCUCCAAUUUUCGUCUCAGCGCCCUCGUGAGCCAGCGCGGCAGCUGCACCAGUCUCAGCUCCGUGGACUCAGAAUGCGAUCUGGGCGAGAUCUCCCAAGUCCCUCUACUUGGCCUGUAUGUUCUUACUGCCAACGUACACCUGGCCCAGGCGGCCAUCGAAACAUUGCAGCUCCACAGCGAUCGUCUCUCCAAUGAUGAUUGGACGCGUCUGCUGCUGUUGGCUGUGGCCGAUGCCGCCCUCUUGCACCCAGAGCUACGCGACUCGGCCAUUUCAGCCCUUGUCCAGGUUCUUGCCAACCAAGAAUUCUCAUACACCGUCGCCUCACUUGUGUGCCAUGCGUUCCUCGAGGCCGGUGCUGGGCCGGCAUUGGCGCCGCUCGAAGAGAUCUUUGCCGAUUUGGAUUUUGACAUGCUCAGCCCGGCUUACAUGCACUCCUUUGAGGACUUGGUCCAGCUGGCCGGCGGCGAGGUUUAA